AUGGCAAAACCUAGGGAACAUGCGAGACUCGAAAAGGAGCUGCUGGGUCUGCAACAAGACAGGGAGGGAAAGGCAAAUGACGACGAGCAUGACGUCUAUGCAGAGAAAUGGGACACAGAUAUAUCGCACUGGAGAGGGCGAAUCAAGGGGCCUUUAGACACGCCGUACGAAGGAGGCGUCUUCAUACUCGACAUUAACAUUCCCUCCGACUACCCAUACAACCCUCCCAAGAUUAACUUCGUGACGAAGGUUUGGCACCCGAACGUGUCGUCUCAGACAGGUGCCAUUUGCCUCGAUAUUCUCAAACAUGAAUGGUCCCCUGCAUUGUCCAUAAGGACAGCUUUGCUUUCAAUUCAAGCCAUGCUUGCGGACCCCGUGCCUACAGAUCCUCAAGACGCAGAAGUCGCCAAAAUGCUCAUUGAAAAUCCAGAUCUGUUUCAGAAGACCGCGCGCCACUGGACGGAAACGUUCGCCAUGAACUCUACAGAGUCACAGGAAGAUAAGGUCAAGAAGCUGGCGGACAUGGGAUUCGACAAGGAAACGGCUCGUACGGCGCUGAUGAAUGCAAAUUGGGACGAGACAUCGGCAUUGAAUUCUUUGCUGGGGUAA